UCAUUCCUUCUUCUCUCUUUUCUGUUAUUCUCCUGCUAGUUUCAUUUUCUGUUUUGCUUCUGAGUUUGUUUCUUCAACAAGGCUCGAGGCUUGCUAUUCAAGCAAGAUACAAAACAGCCUGUUAUUGUCUCUUUGUUCCAACAGACGAGCAAGACGUGGAAGAUGAUACUGCCGCUUUAUUCUGUGAGAAGGUUGUCAUUCCCCAUUUGAAGAGGCUGAAGUUGUCCUCCAUUAACAUUCAUAAGAUAUGGCACCACCCAUCCUACUCACCAGAGAGGAAUCACAUGUUCUCUACACUGUGGUCCCUGUGUCUGGAAGACCUUCCCAAACUCAAAGAUACCUGCUUUGAGAAUGGCUUUGAAUUCCCAUACUUAAGAGAUUUAACACUAACAAAUUGUCCUCUGCUGAGAACAUUCAUCUCUAAAUCUGUAUGUGGAGAUGAACCUCAAAUUCACCAACCUACAGAAACAAAUAACUCUGCUGUCCUCAAUCAAAAGGUUGUUUUCCCUCGUUUGGAGAAGUUGCUGAUUCAGGGCUGUGAUUCGUUAGAAGAAAUAAUUGAGCUGCAAGCACUCAAUGCCAAUGAAGCACAGUCAACAUCAGCUACUCGGUCUACUAUGGCAGAAACAGUGACGACCAAGUUUGUAUUUCCCCAUCUAACGCACCUUGGACUGGAUAAGGUGCCGAGUUUGAAAAGUUUCUACUCUAGGAUGCAUACCACCCAAUGGCCAUCAUUGAAAUUUAUGAAGGUUAUUGAAUGCCCCAAAGCACAGAUAUUUGGUGAGGUUGAAAUCCCAAACCAACAACCCUUGUUUUGCGUCAAUGAGGACACUUUCCCUGUUUUACAAGAAUUAACACUGAAGACGAAUGAUAUGAUAAAGGGGAUAUGGGAUGGACAACUCUCAUUGCAGUGUUUCCCAAACCUCAAACUUCUUAACCUCCAAUUCUUUCCUGAGACAUUCACUACUCUUCCAUAUUCCUUCAUUCAGUCACUACCAAAGCUUGAGAAGCUUGUUAUAAACAAUGCCUCCAUUUCUGAAAUAGUCCGGUUUGAAGGACUCAUCAACGAGGAAAGGCACACAUCGGCAUGCUAUCAGUUAGAGGCCUUAAGGUUGUCUCAACUUCCAGAGCUAACAUUAAAGACUUUAGAGCCAUUUUUGUUGUCUUUCAAAAAUCUAUUAAGUAUGGAAGUUUCAAGAUGCCAUGGAUUCAUCAAUCUAAUGGCUUGCUCGACAGCUAAGAGCCUGACACUACUAGAAAGAUUGAGCAUAGCUGAUUCUGAGCUGAUAGAAGAAAUCAUAUCAUGUGAAGGUGAAGAGUUACAGGCCAGCAUUGUUUUUCCCAAGCUGGAGUAUUUGCAACUAAGUCAUCUGCCAAGUCUAGCAAGCUUUUCCUUGGCGCAUCACUUGUUGGAGUUCCCAGUCUUGCAAAUGGUGAAGGUGAAAAAGUGCCCCAAAAUGAAGAAUUUCUGUCAAGGAGAGUUAAGCACACCAAGGCUGGAACAAGCGCACUUAACAGGAGAUGAGGACGGUGAACUGCAGUGGGAAGGCGACCUUAACACUACCAUAAAACAUAUGUUCGAUGAAAUGAAUGUUCAAAAUUCUCAAGCGGUCGAGGUUACUGAUCAGUUGCUCCAAAUGAAAUAAGGAAAUAUGUUGGGGUCCGUGUGAGACAAGCUCAGUUUCAUUUCAAUUCAAACCAAAUGGUUGAGUUGCUCUGUUGGAGUAUGGGGGCGUCCACUUUCCUUUAUUCUGUUUUUGCAAAUCCACUAUUGAACUGUUGCAUUUCACAUUAUAACCUAGGUAUUGAUUUUGAAGUGCAUCAUGUUUGGCACUGGGAAUUACAAACAUGAAAACUUUUAGUAGUAAGGUUGACCACAGUUUUAUGGAUGUAUUUCAGCCACAUUAUACUUUUUGCUGGUAUUUUUGUAUCAGCUUGGGGGAUUAGACGAUUUAAUUAAGAUUGCUACUCAUUUUGCGUGUGCUUGUUUCA